ACUGCACUGUUUCCAAGAGCGCAGCGCAGCACCAUGACACUCCACUGUACUUAGGAAAUAAGGAUUUCCGUCUUAAAGAGUAAACUGACUCUCAACACGGCUGUGAUUUACAAGAAAGAAAGUUUGCCAGAAGUUGUUAACUUUUUUUUUCCCACGCAAAGAUGCCGCGCUCAUUUCUGGUCAAGAAACACAUCAACUCCGCAAAGAAGCCAAACUACAGUGAGCUGGAGAGCCCAACAGGUAAGAUUUGUGUUAUUAUCUUUUAAUGACAGCUUUGUUUGACUCUGAGAAGUUGUGUCCCUCACUUUAAGCUUUGUUUUGAACUUUUUUGACCUACUUUGGAAACUUUUCCCCCCUCACUCAAGCGAUGACAGAGAUCACAUGACCAUUCAUUGAACUCCUCUGUCUUGAUUUUCAGUCUUCAUCACGCCGCACAUCUACCGGGGCCUCCCCCUGCCUGUCAUCCCCCAGCCGGAGAUCCUGAGCCCGGCAGCCUACAGCCCUAUCACCGUGUGGACUACCAGCAGCCUGCCGCUCUCUCCUCUCCCCAGUGACCUCUCCCCGAUCUCUGGAUACCCGUCCUCGCUCUCCGACACCUCCUCCAAAGACCACAGCGGCUCAGAAAGCCCGAGGAGCGAUGAAGACGAGCAGAUACUCCCAAAACUGACGGACCCUCACGGUGUGGAGGCAGAGAAAUUCACGUGUAGUUUGUGUAGCAAGUCCUACUCUACAUACUCUGGACUGCUCAAGCACAAGCAGCUGCACUGCGACGCCCAAACGAGGAAAUCGUUCAGUUGUAAAUACUGCGAGAAGGAGUACGUGAGCCUCGGGGCUCUCAAAAUGCACAUCAGGACUCACACUUUGCCUUGUGUUUGUAAAAUAUGCGGGAAAGCUUUCUCCAGACCGUGGCUGCUGCAGGGACACAUCAGGACGCACACCGGUGAGUGGAUGGGGAGGAACUGAGGGGCCUUCUGGGUGAGGAGUUGCUGUGGGCUUAGGCAGGAAGAAACUUAAUUGUCUUCAACAUGAUUUUAUUGCAUUUAUAGCAACUUAGAGACCCAGCAACAAAGCUUACAUCUGCUUAUUGAAUUGUCAGGCUGCUUUUGUUUAAAAAUCGUGUUAAACUCAGAAUGCUGUGACUAGAUGUUUUAAUGGUGGGUUGCUGGAACAAAAUACAGCUUUUUUUGCUUGAAUGCGAUGUAAAAAUAUGACAGAAUAUGCACGACAGGUUCAUUUUCUUCCAAAAAUAACAAGCCAGGGUGCUGCUGUUGAGCUCUCAUUUUUCCAAAUAUUUCUGCGUGCCAUCUCUGACAGUGUCUUCUCUUUUUUUUUCCCUCACUGAACAGGAGAGAAGCCCUUCUCCUGCCCUCACUGCAACCGGGCGUUUGCAGACAGGUCCAAUCUCAGGGCUCACCUACAGACCCAUUCGGAUGUGAAAAAAUACCAAUGCAAGAACUGCUCGAAAACCUUCUCCAGGAUGUCUCUUCUGCACAAGCAUGAGGAAUCUGGUUGUUGUGUAGCACACUGAACUGGAAUACUUUUCCACCAUCACCAGCAGCAGCAGCAGCAGCAAGGAGAAAGAAAAAGCCCUCUCUGUAGCUUCUUUAUUUUUUUUUAAAGUCCAGGAGAACUGUCAGGGAAUCACAUGGAGGGGGUCUGGAGCUCCAAAGACUGGGUUGAUUUCAUUUCAGAGUGAGAAAUAGCUCACGUGCCUCUUCAUUUCAAGCAGUGUUUCUGUGAUUGCAAUCAGUGUCGAGCUUUGUCAUGCCAUGUACUCACCUACCUGUGCUAUUCAUGCACUUUUCUGCAUGUUUAGAGUGUUUUUUUAUAAGCCUUCACAAUGUUAUCUUCAGUGUUUGUACCAAUGUCACUGAUAAAUGGCUGUUAUGCAGUCCUCCACUCUUCAAAUGAAACCAAAAAGGCGCAUUAUGAAUGACCGUAUAAACCAAACUAGAGGAAUACUGAAGCCAUUCUAACUGAGGGAACAAGUGCAGACUUUUUUUUUUAGGGAUGAAAUGUUAUUAAAAUUUUUGCACAGACAUUAGAGAUGGUUUGCCAGCACUCAAUACAAAAAAAGACUCUCAAGUGCCUCAGUUUUUCUUAGCAAUAAUAUGUAUGUUUCCUUUUAUAUUUUUAUAUAUUGAAUGUAAGCGUGACUGAGAUGAUUGUAUAGUUACAGUGGAAAAAACUGUGAUGCUGAAUGAUUUUGAUAUUUUCAUAUCCUCAUGACACUUUUCAAAAUAAAGUCUCAUGACAUUUUGUAUAA